AUGCGAUUCUCAUUACCGAGCCUGUUGGGGCUCUAUGGAGUUCUGUCGGCUACCGCCGUCACCGUGGUCCAUGGAGAAGGCGAAGCAGACAUUCCAGGAGGAGACAUUGGAGAAAGCCAAGGCUUGGAGACCCAGGAGGCCCAGAACCAGCUACCCAAUUUUAUGAGCGUACGGCCGGACCUUGCCAAGGCUUAUGACGGUGAACUCCAUAUCCCGAAAGCGAAAUAUUUCACCGCAUUGAUCAUCAGGCCCUUUGACCAAUCAAUUGCGACUAUGGUGUGUACUACAAACUCUUUUUUACUACCUCUCCUUGCAUGCGCUAACGCCGAACCCAGAUAUGCCAACGAAACAUUACCGGACGAAAAAGUCAUCCCAUAUUUAUCAAACCUGAUCCAAACCUAUCUUGAGACCAUGAACUCAAUUGGCGCCGAGACAUGGAUUAUGCAUGGAACCCUCCUCUCAUGGUGGUGGAACCAAAAGAUCUUCCCUUGGGACAAUGAUCUAGAUGUUCAAAUUUCCGAACCGACAAUACACUUCCUAGCUGAAUAUUAUAACUUCACCGACCACCAUUUCGAGAUCCCUGGCGUCGAGGGUGGCCGCACCUACCUUCUCGAAAUCAACCCCAACUACAUCGUUAAAAGCACCAAGGACCGACUGAACGUUAUCGAUGGGCGAUGGAUUGAUAAGUCUUCCGGGCUUUUCAUCGAUAUUACAGCCGUGCGCCCCGAUGACGAGAAGCGAAAGCGUGGCUACCCCGAGGCCUUGAUGUGCAAGGAUAGACACCACUAUGAUGAAAGCGAUAUAUUCCCACUCCGAGUCAGCUAUUACGAGGAUGUCGCCGUCAAGAUUCCCUACGCCUAUGCCGCGCUACUUGCUGAAGAGUAUGGUGCCUCGUCGAUGACCAAAACCGACUUCCAAGGACAUCAUUUCAGUGACUCGAGCAAGAUGUGGGAAAAGUACUCAAGAAAAGUCAAGCGUUUUCUUCGACGAGGCUGGCGCGGUGAUGAUACACCUAAGCGGUCGGGUACCGAACCUCUUAUUCGUAUGGAUGCUAUUUAA